GGGUAGGCGGGGCCUUUGAAGGGCUCUCGCACUCGCGCAGGCUCAGUAGAGCAGUGGGCGGGGUCUCAUUGAGCCGGAAAGGCAGUAGGAGGCUGGGCGCCCAGCAUGCUGGUGCGGGAGCCCGGUGGGCGCGGCCGCGAGAGCUGCUGACUGCAUCGUGGGGUCCGGAGCCGGUGGCGGCGCGCGGAGCAGACUGUUGCUAACCAUGGCGUCUGGAGAUGACAGUCCUAUCUUUGAAGAUGAUGAAAGCCCUCUCUAUAGCCUGGAAAAAAUGACAGAUCUUGUAGCUGUUUGGGACGUAGCACUGAGUGACGGAGUCCACAAGAUUGAAUUUGAGCAUGGGACCACGUCAGGCAAACGGGUUGUGUACGUGGAUGGGAAGGAAGAGAUAAGAAGAGAGUGGAUGUUCAAACUGGUGGGCAAAGAGACGUUCUGUGUUGGAGCUGCAAAGACCAAAGCCACCAUAAAUAUAGAUGCCAUAAGUGGCUUCGCGUAUGAGUACACACUGGAAAUCGACGGGAAGAGCCUCAAGAAGUACAUGGAGAACAGGUCGAAGACCACCAACACCUGGGUGCUGCACUUGGAUGGCGAGGAACUGAGAGUUGUUUUGGAAAAAGACACUAUGGACGUAUGGUGUAAUGGUCAGAAAAUGGAGACAGCGGGUGAGUUUGUAGAUGAUGGAACUGAAACACACUUCAGCGUUGGGGACCACGACUGUUACAUCAAAGCCGUCAGCAGUGGGAAGAGGAGAGAAGGGAUCAUCCAUACGCUCAUUGUGGAUAAUAGGGAAAUCCCAGAGCUCACUCAGUGACGCCUUCUUAGAGAGUUCUGAGCUGAAGAGGUGACCUCAGGGCUCGCCGAUGGCUGUGGUAAUUAAAUGUGUCAAUAUGUACAUAUUGGUAGAUUUAGUCUGCAAUGUUUUUAUUUUUAUCUUUUGUUACUUGAAACUGUAAUAUUCCAAUGGUUUUCAAAAAAACAUGGACUCAUAAAAAUUUAUUUUUUAACCAAUGUGAAAUGUUUCUAAUUUAAAUGGAAAAUAAAAUGAGGACCAAACCACUAACAUCUCACAGCAGAAACCUUGACUGUAGUGAACACUGUAAAUAAAAUGGUGCUGCUGGCUGUGCCCACAGGGGGAUUGGUGUCAUAUGAUUCACACCUGUGAGCUGGCUCUGCCCACAGGGGGAUUGGUUUUGUGUGUUUCAUGCUCUUGCAGCUAGGUUGGCCUGUCGUUUGAAGCACUUGAUGUAAUCAGAGAAAACAAGAAUCAUUUUCUGCCUGAAAGCAUGAAAAAAUGCAAUGAUAUCAUAAAAGAAUUUAAUGUAAGUGCUGAAGAAAUGGCUCAGCAGUUAGGAGUGCAUGUUGAGAGCAAAGGACCUGGGUUCAAUGCCCAGUAUUUGCGUGGCAGCUCACAACUAUAAUUCUAGCCCCAGGGGACCUAACGCCCUGUUUUGGCCUCCAUGGAUAUCAGACGUGCAUGUGGUACACAUACAUAAGGACAAAACACUCAUACAUGUAAAAUGAAAAUAAAUCACUCACACUUGUAAUCCUAGCUCUUGGGAGACAGAGGUUUGAGUUUGAGGCCAGCGUGGUCUACAGAGUGAGUUCCAGGACAGCCAUGGUUACACAGAAAAACCCUGUCUUGAGAAAAAAAGAAAAAAGAAUUCUAUAUAAAUUCAGAGACAGGAAAAAAAAAUACCCCUUAUAUAUGUAUAUAGCCUUAGAAAUCCUUUUAUAAUGCCCACAUUAGGAGGAAAUUAAUAAUCAAAAGUGGAAAAAAACCCUAAAAAACCAAGGAACCUCAGGGCUAUGAUAAUGUUCUUGUCUUCAUCUGAAUACUGGUUACAAAGACAACUUAUAAACAUUAAUAUACCUGUAUGCCAUUUACUUUUCUGUAACAUAGGCUCUGCACAAACCUGAAAAUAGUAAUUUUAUAAUUGGGUUUAGGGAUGUAGCUCGGUGGUAGAAUGCUUGCCUAGAAUGAGUGAGGCCCUGUGUUUGAAGCCAGCACUGCCCCAUGUGCACACAUAAUGAUUUAAAUAUAUACAUAUCUACUCAACUCUUUCUUCAGAAGCAUCCUCACUCUUCUCUUGGCAGUCUAUCAUCUAGGAAUGAAACUGUAAGUGAUGUCUCAGUGGGAAGAGAACUAGCCAGCCUUGAGAUGAAAUGUGACCUAAAAUAAAUCUGUUAUCUUUUAAA